GGGGGGCGAGGGGCCGCCUAAACAUGGAGCGCUCCGAGGCCUACUUCUUCUCGGCCGCCUUCAGCUGCGCCUUCCUCGUCUCCUGCCUGCUCUUCUCGGCGCUGAACCUGCAACGCGCCCCCUAUAUGGAUGAAGCCUUCCACAUCCCGCAGGCGCAGGCCUAUUGCGAAGGCCGCUUCACGCAGUGGGACCCUAUGAUUACUACAUUGCCUGGUUUAUAUUUGGUGUCCGUUGGAGUCGUGAAACCCGCAGCCUGGCUCUUUGGAUGGUCUGGAAGCAUAAUUUGCUCUACUGGGAUGCUCAGAUUCAUUAAUCUCCUUUUCAGCGUUGGGAACUUCUAUUUACUAUAUUUGCUUUUUUCCCGGAUACACCAGAAAAAGGCUGUUUCUGGAUUCCAGAGAAUUGUCUCAACCUUGACACUAACAAUAUUUCCAGUGCUUUAUUUUUUUACUUUCCUUUAUUAUACCGACACAGGUUCCACAUUUUUUACUCUUUUUGCCUAUUUAAUGUGCCUUUAUGGUAAUCAUAAAACUUCAGCUCUUCUUGGAUUUUGCGGUUUCAUGUUUCGUCAGACCAACAUCAUAUGGACUGUGUUCUGUGGUGGAAGUGUUGUUGCAGAUAAGCUGAGCGAAGCCUGGAAGGUGGAACUGCUGAAAAGAAAAGAGCAAAAGAGCUUGCCCCCAAAGGGAUCAUUUUCAGAACUAAUCAGCAUCUUCAGGUUCCUCCUUGAAUAUGUUACAUCCCUUAAAAACAUAACCACUCUCAUUCUUUUGACUUGGCCAUAUAUUGGCAUGGUGGUGGUCUUCUUUGCUUUUAUUUUCAUCAAUGGGGGCAUAGUUGUGGGUGACCGGAGCAGUCAUGAAGCUUGUCUGCAUUUCCCUCAGAUCUUCUAUUUCUUCUCUUUUACUCUCUUUUUUUCCUUUCCUUACUUAAUGACCCCGAGCAAAAUUAUCAGUUUUCUUCAUUCCGUGAAGAGACACUUGUUGCAAUACAGUAUCCUUGCCAUCAUCUCAUUAUUCCUGGUCUGGAAGUUUACGUAUGUUCAUAAGUAUUUGCUUGCAGAUAACAGGCAUUAUCCAUUUUACAUAUGGAGAAAACUUUAUCAACGGCAUGAGCUUGUGAAGUAUGUGUUAGUUCCAGUCUAUAUAUUUGCUGGCUGGAGUUUUACAGACAUGUUAACAUCAAAGAAUGUUUUUUGGAAAAUGGUCUAUUUUGUAUGUUUGCUCACAGCCACAGUUCCCCAGAAGCUUCUAGAAUUUCGUUACUUCAUUUUGCCGUAUGUUAUGUACAAGUUGCACAUUCCCAUGCCAUCACUUUUGAAACUUCUCCUUGAGUUGGCUUUUUAUCUCUUGAUAAAUGCAGUGACUUUUCAUUUCUUCUUGAACAAAACAUUUCAGUGGCAAAAUAAUGAGGAACUCCAGAGGUUUAUGUGGUAAUUUUGCACCUUAAAGAAGACCAAAUUUCUAGGACUUUCCUGCUACUGCAAAUUGUUUAGAGACCCUAUCAAGGGAAACAAAACGUGCUGGUUGUUUUAUAACGGAAAGGGAACGUGUGACGUCUGAUGUGCUGUGUUUGCUGAUCCUGGACCAAUUUCAUAAGGUUAAUACCUGGACUUCAAUAAAUGUGACAUCAGGGAAAGUCUGGAUUUCUUUCAGUCAUACUACUUUUGGUACCAAAGGCCUGGCUGCGGGAUGUCUUCAGUAUGCCUGUAUGUAUGUGCU